UAGAACAAACCUGUCCUGAAGGCUGGCAGCAGUUUAACUCCAGUUGGUACUUCCUGUCUACUGAGACUAAAACCUGGGAGGAGAGUAGACAGGACUGUCUGGAGAGAGGAGCAGACCUGGUGAUCGUAAACAGUGAUAUGGAACAGCAGUUUCUCAUUGGCCUCAAUAAGGGAGCCUGGAUUGGUCUGACUGACUCUGUUWCUGAGGGGACCUGGAGAUGGGUGGACRGCACCCCACUGACCAUAAGUUACUGGCACUCACAGCAGCCUGAUAAUGGUGGUGGCGACCCAAAAAACGGGGAGGAGGACUGUGUUGAGCUGAACACAGAAACAUGGCCUCCUGCAAAGGCAUGGAAUGACCAGUCAUGUUUAGACAAUCGUCACUGGAUCUGUGAGAAAGUGGUUUAACAACACCAUGACAACAGAGGGGGCUGGUGGGAGUACGAGCACACAUACAGCACCCUACAGUGCACACAACUUCAUUCUCUCUCUAAGACACACCAACACACUGUAGGUACUGUACUGGGGGCAAAACAACCUGAUAAUGGUGGUGGACCAAGAUGUAACUAGGACUGUGCUGAUGUUAAUAUUGGGUAUUCUGAGCCUGUAUAUAAAUAUUCUGACAUAUCAUUUACCUCUGAAGAUUGGAUUUGUGAAGAGUUAUACAGUACAUUUACAUUUACAUUUAGGUCAUUUAGCAGACGCUCUUAUCCAGAGCGACUUACAAAUUGGAAAGU